CGAACGAGCGCCAUCUCGGCCUUCCUAGGUCGCUGCUCUACGGGUGAGGACGCUGGUGCGGCGGGUUCUGAUGGUUUCCCCGCGAGAGCUAUCCUGCUUUCUAGAAGCCGGUCUGCGAGCCAGUUGGCGCUGAUGCGCCGGGGCAGGAGGAGGCCCCUGAUUAGGGAAUGCGCGUCACCCAGCGCCGAUCUGCGAGCCCGUGUUUCGAGGCGUUACCGUGGCCCAGUAUGGCCGAUGGUUGCAGACAACCCCCCUCCCCCACAUACCUAACCGGGGGCUUUGUACGCGGGUGGGCUUUGUACGCGGGUGGUCUUGCGCCACGAUGCCGGAGUUGGGUGCCGGAGUCACAUCAAGGUCGCAAGAUCGAAACCCAUCGGGAACGGUUCGGCUCCGUUACCUGUGUAGGCACUGAGCAUACUUGUGCCGAACUUCCCCGAACGAGCGCCAUCUCGGCCUUCCUAGGUCGCUGCUCUACGGGUGCGGACGCUGGUGCGGCGGGUUCUGAUGGUUUCCCCGCGAGAGCUAUCCUGCUUACUAGAAGCCGGUCUGCGAGCCAGUUGGCGCUGAUGCGCCGGGGCAGGAGGAGGCCCCUGAUUAGGGAAUGUGCGUCACCCAGCGCCGAUCUGCGAGCCCGUGUUUCGAGGCGUUACCGUGGCCCAGUAUGGCCGAUGGUUGCAGACAACCCCCCUCCCCCACAUACCUAACCGGCAUCUUGGCGGCCGGUGGUGCGGUACCUUCUCGGGCGGGCGCGGUUUGGGCAGCUGCCGGUGUUGUGGUCACUGGUGGCGUGACGGCCGGCGGCUCUGCCGCGGGUGCUGGCGGUGCCGUAGCCGCGCCUGCCCCGCCCAACACAGUUGCUAUGGCGCAUGGCUUGCGCGUAGUCUCGCACUCGCGCACGCUGGGUGUGGUCUUCUACGACCUCCCACUUGGCACGGCUGCAGCCCAGGGGGCUCCUUCCCUCUCCCCUGCCAUUGGCACCCUGGGGACGCUCUGCGGCCUCCCCCUAACUGCCUUUGGCCGUGGCUUCUGUGCCUCCUCCUACGCCGUCAGCCGUGUGCUCUACCAUAUGGAGUUUGCGGGUCUGCCGCCGCAGACGGUUUUGGCAGACUUCCUCAAAACGCUUGUGCGGUUUGUGGACCGCCGCAUCAUCGUUGCCACGCCGCAAGCUCUCAUGGCGCUGCCGGGUCUGCUCACGCUCGGCACGGCAGUGCGGUGCUGGGAGGCGCUGGCCGCGGUGCGCCAGCUGGUGGCUUCCAAGCCGGCUGGUAUGGCUGCUGCUUGCGCAGAGCCUGGGGUGGCGGCAUGGCGCGGCUGACGUGCCCUUGCUGACCCUUACGGUGAAGCAGGCAACCCAGCUUCAACUUGCGCCUGCGUACGACGCGCUCCGCGUGCGUCACUUGGCCUUCAUCCAGGAGGCCUACAGCGGCGCCGCGCCGCCAGCGGAAGCGAUUCAUGCGCUGCGGGCGGCCCUGGCGCGGCUGUGGGCGUUGGUGUGGGAGCCGCGACACAAGGAACCGCUCUGGCGUCUGGCAGUCAAUGGGUUCACGGGCUUUGGGAUGCUUGCGGCGUGGGCCGCAGAUGGACGCGUGGAGAAAUGCCCGUGUGGGACUCAGAUGACUGCUGGCGCUAGGGUUCAUCACUUCUGGGACUGUGUGGUGGCGGAGGCUCUGCGUGAUGUGAUGCGGGAGCAUGCGAAUGUGGACAUCACACGGAACCAGUUGUGGUUAGUACAGGCGCCACCAGGGCUAUCGCAGGCGGUGUGGGACAUCGUGUGCUUGGCUGCUGUAGCGGCCCUGGAAUACGGCCGACAGCGCCUUUACGCUUGCCGUGAUGCUGCAGACCGGACUGCGGAGGUUGCUGUUGUGCGAAGGAUCGGUGUGGAGGUGAUUGCGGACUUCUGGUCACGGCUAGCUGCGUUUGUGAGUCUGCGUCGGCCUCCGCGCCGCUGGGACCUUGUCCCGAACCAGCACCCAUUCCUAGCGUCAGAUGAUGUUGGAGGGGUUAUCUUGGUAGGGCCAACAGCGGACUCGCCACCGGCCUCACCCUAGCUUGUCAGCUUAGGGACUCGCAAGAGGUAGUCUUAUGACGCCGACCCACGGCUUAGGUGAGCAGCGCUAGCGUUUGCGGUGAGCCGGGCCUGGGGUUCCUCCCCUCUCCGGAGGCGAGGAGCAUGGGGGUCAUUCGGGGAUCUCUCCUCGGGUGAGCGUGCGUGUCUCGUACGUUUUUGGGGCCCUGGCUAGUCCACGGCUGUCGUCCCACAUGUAACCUCUAUCAGCU